AUGGCAGCCAAUUCUACUGCUGCAAAUGCUGCUGCUCUAGCGGCAUUUAAUGCUGGAAAGAAAAAAGACGAUUCCAAAUCAAAUCAAGAAAUAAACAAACAACAAACUAAACAAAUUAAAUUACGAACUCCUUCAUAUCAUAACUCACCAAGGAUUAGUACACCAAGUUCAAUUGCACAUAAAAAGUAUGGGAAUUAUGCCUCAGAUAUGUCUUCACCUUCAUCAGUACUAUCUCCGCAAGUCUCAGAUUAUCUAAUAAGAAACUCAAACUCAUCAUCAGAUAUAGAUCAACAACAACAUCAACAAUUACAACCAGAUUAUUUUGCAUUAUCCCCUCAUAAUUAUUCAAGAAGCGACCUACUAAAACAAAACAGACAUCUGCCACAUACACCUAAAGACAUGAUCAAUAAUGUCAAAAAUUCGAUCGAUUCAAAAGCAAUAAUAUAUGAUGCAAACUCAAAAAGAUUAUCAAUGGAUUAUUCACCACAAGAAAUGUUGAAAAACUUGAAAAACUCUUUAAAUAAUAAAUCAAAAGCUCAAGUUCAAAAACCUAAAAUACAAGAAAAUAAAGGUCAAGAUUUUGUAAAUGAUAUGAGAGAAAAAAUUGAUAAUACUAUGAAAUCAGCUUCAAAUAACUUAAACAACUUAACUUUAUCACCUGGAUUAGAAUUUGAAAAUCCAGUUGGUAUUAGCAAGUUUGACGAAGGUUUGAAUAGUUCGUACUCAUCAUUUGAAUCACAAUUAGAAAACCGAAGUGGAAACUAUAACAAUGAUAGAAACAUCAAUCACAGUACUCAUGAUAUUAAUAGAAUAACUAAUUCAGAUAGUCAAAUACCCAAAAGUCAUGGCAUUGAUAUUAAUAUAACUGAUCACGAUGAUGAUAUGAAUCCAACAACAACAACUAGAAUAGCACCUAGUGGACAGGAAGAUAUUAUUGUACCAGUAAAAUUAAGUGACAUUGAUAGAUCAUCAGUAUCUUCAAAAGUAGCAAGAAGGAAACCUCCACCAUUAUCUAAUACCGAAUACCCAAGUGAUUCAGAUGUAGAAUAUUCAAGCACUGGCGAGAAUGAUGAAUUUAGAACAAAAAUGAUGCUUAAUGCAAAAUCAGCGGAUACUUUUUCAAGUGGAGAAUUUUUACCGUCAUCAACCGAUGAUAUAAUAUCCUUAACUGAUAAUGAAGAACCAACUUUACAAGAAGAGCAAGUACAAUUGAAAGGGGAUUCGAAAUUUCCACAGUUUCCUGAAGUUAAAAAGCAUCAUCAUCACCAUCAUAUACAUAACGAAAAACAUUUGUUCAGAAAAAAAAGAGGUCCUGAAUUCCCAAAUUUUCCAGAUCUAGAUCAAGAUAAUAGUGAUGAAGAAAUUAAUCUUUCUCAAUUAUCAAACCAACCUAAUCAAAAAUUAAAUCAUUCGCAAACUUAUCAAUCACCAGUUCAAUUUAAAAAGACAAUGAGAAAAACAAAUAAAAGAAAAGAAAAAAAAUCAAAAUUUGAUGAAUAUAAACCAUGGAAGAAUCAUAAUGAAUUAAACUAUUUAACAGAUUCCGAAAGAAAAAGAUAUGAGGGAGUCUGGGUAAGUAAUAAAGGUUUAUACAUGAAUUCGGUAGUUACAAAAUUGAAUGGAGUCAAUUAUAAAAUAACAGAUUCAAAUAAAGUAAUGACUGAACAUCAUGAAGAUUCAAUGAAAGCUGCGUUGAUUUCAACAAAUUUAAAUCAUGAAAAUGAAGAAGUAAUUAAAAAUAAUAAUAACACAAGAAGUAAAAGUUCAGAAAAUUUUGAAGAUCUUACUAUAAAUAAUCCUAAAAAAAUCAUUUCAACAAAACAACAAGAAUCAAAAAAUAAAUUACAUAAUUUAGAUGAUGUUGAAAUAAAUCAAUUAAUAUUAGGUUGUGUUGUUAAAAGAAUUUGGAAUAGAUCAAGAUUACCAAAUGAUAUAUUACAACAAAUUUGGAAUUUAGUUGAUUUUAGAAGAGAUGGUUCAUUAAAUAAAAAUGAAUUUAUUGUUGGUAUGUGGUUAGUUGAUCAAUGUCUUUAUGGUAAAAAAUUACCAAAAAAAUUAGAACCAAUAGUAUGGGAAAGUUUAGGUGGAAUUGGAGUUAAUGUAAAUUUAAAAAAAAUGAAAUAA